AUGCACUUCUCUCGCUUCUUCGUUGCUUCCGCGGCCGCUGCCACCGCCGCUGCCAUGCCUGCUGCCCAGGUCUCUGACAACGACACCUUCGGCGUCAUUGCCAUCCACUCCGGCAGCGGUGUCCAGAACGCCGGCUUCAACGCGGCCAAGAGCAGCCUGUUCGCCGGUCUCCCCAACCAGGGUGCCAGCUGUGCCCGCCCCAAGGAGCAGUCCGCCACCUUCUACAUCCAGGACGGUGCUCUCUACCUCUACGACGCCUCCGCCACUCCCCAGGAGAUCUACGUCGACCGUUCCGGCAUGGGCCAGGGCAAGAUCGGCUACACCACCGGUGCUCAGCCCACCCCCCGCAACGGUGAGCGUGAGGGCUGGGCCGUCAAGAACGGCCACCUCGAGUUCGACGGCAGCAGCCUGAUUGCCUGCCCCAACAGCAUCGACGGUGCCUGGAGCAUCUGGGCCUCCGCCGGUAACUCCAACCCCGCCGGCAACAAGGACUGCGUUGGCAUCGCCGCUCGCGUUAUUCCCACCUCCAACCCCAACGGCUGCAAGUACACCGAGUAA